AUGGCUUUCUCUACUCGCCAUCGUCUCCACGUCCUCCUGCUGGUUCUCGCCGUCGUCGCGUUGGCCUUGCACUCCGGCCAGUCCGGCGCCCACGCGGCCCGAGUCCCCGCCGCUCUCCAAGAAGACGAGACGACGACGACGACAGCGGCGCCCCUCGGCGUCGAGCACGCCGCGGGCGACGGACACGGUGUGCCAUCAACCGAAAUCUUCAACGUGGGCGACGCCGCGCCUUCGCCUUCGCCCUCGCCAGGCGACGGCGGUCAUGCCAUCUUCGGCGACGGCGCCGAACGUGCCAGUUUACGCGGUGGUGGCGGCCACGGCGGCGGUGGGCACAGCAGUGGCGGGCACAGCAGCGGUGGCGGCGACGGUCGUGCUGCGGGUGGAGGCGGCUACGUCGGCGGCGCCGGCGCCGGCGUUCCGCACCGCCGCUCCGGCAGUGGUUCGACGAAGCCAGCCAUCAUACCCGCCUUCGUAUCGUUGCUAGGAGGAAUCGCCAUGGAGGUGCUUAAGGAAGAGACAGCCGCUGGGCUGUGGUUGAAGCUGGAACAGAUAUGCAUGACUAAGGAUCUGACCAGUAAGAUGCACCUGAAGCAAAAGUUAUUUUUACACAAGUUGCAAGAUGAUGAGUCUGUGAUGGACCAUCUCUCCGCUUUCAAGGAAAUUGUUGCUGACCUUGAGUCUAUGGAGGUAAAGUAUGAUGAAGAUGAUUUAGGCCUUAUUCUAUUGUGUUCAUUGCCUAGCUCAUAUGCAAACUUCAGGGGUACUAUACUUUAUAGCCGUGAUACUCUAACUUUGAAAGAAGUUUAUGAUGCUUUUCAUGCCAAAGAAAAGAUGAAGAAGAUGGUAACCUCUGAAGGUUCAAAUUCACAAGCAGAAGGCUUGGUUGUUCGGGGCAGGCAACAGAAGAAGAACACAAAGAACCAAUCAAGAGAUAAAAGCUCAAGUAGCUACCGUGGGAGAACAAAGUCCAGAGGCAGGUAUAAGUCAUGCAAAUACUGCAAGAGAGAUGGACAUGAUAUCUCUGAGUGUUGGAAGCUACAGGACAAAGACAAGAGAACCGGAAAGUAUAUACCAAAAGGUAAGAAAGAAGAGGAAGGUAAAGCCGCAGUUGUUACUGAUGAGAAGUCUGAUGCAGAAUUGCUUGUUGCUUAUGCUGGUUGUGCACAAACUAGUGACCAGUGA